UUCCCCAGAGACCCAGCUGGUUAUCAUUGUCAGCCGUGUAUCACUGAUCUCUGCAGCCAUGACCGGGGGAAAGAAAAGCUCCAAAGAGAAAAAGAAGAGAAGACGGUCAGCCUCCUGUGAAACCGCUCCUCAGGAAGCUGAAUCGUCUACUCUGUUUACUGGCACAAAAGAUGAUGAUGUUGAAGAGCUGAGUGAUAUAGAAGAGGGAGGACUAGACCUAAAUGUGCCCCUUAAUCCUAUAAGCUUUUACGUCUCUGACAGGAAAGAGAUGCUUGAGCACUGCUUCCGGGUACUUGGGGAUAAGAAACUGAAGAGAAUGCUUCCUGAUAUGCUAAAGGACAUAUCUCUUGAUGAGAUCAAGCAACUUUGUCUUGAGCAAGUGGAAAUGGAAACAGAUGAGAGCUUGCUACGGAUCCUUCAGGGAGAUCAUGGAGUAGAUUCUAACACAGAGGAAGAAAAUGAAGCACAGAACAUAAAGUCCAGAACAGGACUGAGCAGUCAAAAUGAUAGUACAGAAACAACUUCUUCCUUAAAGGCUAACCUGGAAUUCGAAGAGACAGAUGGAAAAACCGGUAAGGGGGAGGAUUUUGAUGCCCUUAGCAUUAAUGCCGAUACAUAUGACAGCGACAUAGAAGGGGCAAGCUGUGAAGAACGCAUCCAGGAGACACCUGUUACAACUGGUAUUAAGACUACAGGACAACCUGAUGACCUUGUGAUGGACAUUGAGAAAAGUGUGAAUGAGAUUUUGGGGCUGGCUGAGCCAGUAGUAGAAGAAGUUCCCACAGUCCCUGUUGAUGUGCUCCCUGAGGACAUUCAGCCCUCAGCUCAGCAGCUUGAAAUAUUGGAGUUAGAAAUGAGAGCUCGGGCAAUUAAAGCCUUGAUGAAGGCCGGUGAUGUCAAGAAGACUUAACCAUGGUUGUUUUAUUACAAAUAAAAAAAUAAAAAAUAAACUAAUUUAAUACUUCUAUCAUUCUCAGGCUAUGUUAAAGAAGAGUUUUUUUAAUGCAGAUUUUGUAGUAUUCCAACCCAAAAGCCGCAUGGAACCUGCCUGCAUCUGAUUGAUUUAAAGUAAAACUGACAGGCUGUUCACCUGCACUAAAGCCAAUAUACUGCGUAUACUUACAUUAGUAGCUGUAGUACUUGAAGACUUAUGUUCCUUUACUCUUAAGUCCCUAUUGUGUUGCUGUGCACAAUGGACCAGCAGUGCAAUAGGAAUAGAAGAAUAUAAUACCUACACUCCUCCUCGGAAACAAUAUCUCAUCAAAUAUAUAGCACCUGGCAAAAAAAAAACAGCUAACCAUAUAUAAUGUACAAUUGUCACCUCAAAAAUGACACAAUAUCUCAUACAAAUUU